GGUCUUUUUCCAUAUGUUUUUGUUGGGCUGCUUAGGAAAAUGUAAAAGAAAAUUGGUGUUUGUUUAAAUUUUGAGCCAAAAAUUACAAUGUGUGUAGAGAAAAGUGGAAAGAAUAUCACUUUAGCCAAGAUCUGUCAAUGGAACUAAAAUUUAUUGGUCCCCAACUUGAGUGUAAAAUUUUAGAACUGGUUUGGUGAAGCUAUGUGUUAAAUUAUUCAGGUUAGUGUCAACAUUUGUGGCUGAAUUUUUUUUUUUUCUUCCUUUGUUAAGAAGUUCAAGCCCCACCGAGCUUGUAAUCCUAGAUCUGCCCCUGCUUGGACACAACAACCCAGACAUCAUCAUCAUCGGGAUGGAUUCUCAGAUUAAGCCAUUUCUUCCACAUAUCCAAUCACACAACAACUAGCCCUUAGUGAGAGAUGUACCACUGCAGCCGAAGAUUGCAAGCAACGUUUUGGAGCAGACAAACCUGGGUCCGAUUCCAGAAGCAACCAUUUUGCUCCAAACCCCCCCAUGGUCUGACUACAUACGACGAGUCGUUGAAGAAGCUUGACAAGCUAGACUUCUUGACUGCCGCUAAAAUGCUCUUCACUGACCCGCCCAAGAAAAAGAAAUUUGGGCUUGAUUUCCAUCUGGUACAACUAUUCUUUGCUUGUAUGCCUUCCUUGGCUGUAUAUCUGGUAGCUCAAUAUGCUCGCUAUGAUAUGAGAAAAAUGGAAGCAGAACUGGAGCAGAAAAAGAAGAAACAAGAAGAAGAGAAAGUGGAAGAAAUAGAACUAAAUGCUACGAAAGAAAAAGAAGCAAGAUCGGUUCCGGAGCUUUCGGAGGUGAGAGAGAGAUUAGAAAAACUUGAAGAAACUGUGAAGGGAAUUGCGGCUGAGACGAAGAAACAAACCGUCAAUGGCCAAGCAAAAGGCCAUGAAGGUGACAGUGCAAAGAAAAGUUUUGGAACUGAGGCACGUACCCUGAGUAGUUCAGAAUCUAGCAAGCCAGUUGAGAAAGACCCCCUCAAACAGGAUUCUGUAGGGCCAAGGCCAGCUGCAAGCAAGGAUAGAUUAACCGCUGUAGGAACAGUUCCUAAUGCUUCUCCAGAGGGCAAGAUCCAAGAUGGCGGGCCUUCUCAAGAUGCUAAAAGAUGAAGAAAAUUUGUUACAGUGCUUCAUUGUCUAUGAUUUUGUGAGUAGCAUAGGCAACAGGGAACACAAUUAUUGAACGGUUUGAAUUGAUGCAUAGGUUUGCUUGAACUUCGAUGUACUUGCUUGUUCAGCCUUUCUGCUUGCAAGGUGGGAGAAAGUAGUUAGUUACCCCUUUUCGCCCAGUUAUAGGUCAGUGAAUGCAUGCAAAAAAUGAGAUGCAGAAACUUAGGAUGCAGAAUUAAAAUAUAAUGAAAUGCAGGGUGGUAGUAGGAUUAGUGAAAGCUCUAAUUUAAAUGAACAUAUGUUGUGUAUUCUUGUGUUAUUUGCAGAAAUCCAUUUGAAGUAGAACGACUUGUUGCAGAAAUUUCUGUAUUGAUUUCUUUGGGGGAUGGAUUCAAUGGAAUGGUGUAGAAUUUGUUGACAUUGUCCUUGUGUGCUGAUGUUGUGAUAUAAACGGAGUACUGUAGAAUCUUGGAGGUGA